AAGAAAACAGUGAAUGCUCGCGGCGCCAAAACUGUGUGGGUGAAAUGUGCCGGCUCUUCAAAGGAGCGUGCGACCGUGAUGCUACUGGGGGAUUCAAGCGGGGUACGUUAUACCCCCUUCGUAGUCUUCAAGAUGAAGCCAUCGAAAAACCCAGCCAUUGUCAAGGAGAACAACGAAAAACGAUGUGGCUUUGGCACGCGAACGUGGCCAGAGAUC